CGCAACCGCACGCGAGAAAAGUCACGUGAUUAUGUUUAUAUAGUGUUGUUUAUCCGAAACUUCGAAGAUGUUCACACGGCCUACACUCGGUUGCGUGUUUCUGCUAUCCACCGUGUUCGCAACAGACAUCAAGACUCCUGGAAUAUCCCAGUUCUGGACAGACGACUACAAAGUUUUCGAUCAGAUAUACGGAAAGACGUCCGACAAGGAACUGUACGGAACCACUAUCCCAGCGGGUAUUACUUAUGGCUUGGAUUUCAAAAACCCAAUCGCCAUCGAGGCUUCAGAUAAGAGAGAAAGAUAUUUAACCAAUGGGAAGAAUAUUCUGGAAUUUGAUCCUCACGCCUAUGAUAUGAGCGACAGGUAUGCCAAACUAUUUGCCAAGUCACUAUACUCCGAAAAAAGUAAACCUUCUUCAGCCCUACAGUUCAUAAGUUUCUCAGACUUUAAGCCUAUAAGCGAAUCAACUGAUCCAGAAACCUAUAAUUACUUGAAACAUUUGGAGCAUUCUAGUAAAGAAAAGUAUGAGGUUCCAAAGAAAUUGAAAACCAAAUUUAAACCUUAUACAGAAGUUGACUCGGAAGGAGAAGCGGAUGAAGCAUACAGAAGUAUUCAAGAUAUAUUAGAUGCACAUGAAGCAAAUAAAGGUACGGAAUCUACUGAAGAAGAAGACUUUAAUGUAAGACCGAAGGGAAAAAAGCAUGCAUCAGAUGAAAGUGAUGGAUUAAGGUAUUCUAGAAGUAGAAAUAGGAGUAAAGUGAGGUUUUUAAAUGGUAACAGUAUAAAAUCUAGAUGCGUUACUGGCAGAUGCCGAAGCCCUUCCGUACGUGUUAGUACGAGACCUUACAUAAGAAAAAUAAAGCACUAUCGGUAUUCUAGACGCUAG